AUGGAGUACCACUCCGGUGGCAGCCUGCCCCUGCUGGGGAGGCCGCGGUACUGCCCCGGCGCCAACGCUAACGGAGGCUACCUGUGUGAGACGGGACACUGCUGCGGAGAGACCGGCUGCUGCACCUACUACUAUGAACUCUGGUGGUUCUGGUUGCUGUGGACCGUGCUGAUCCUGUUCAGCUGCUGCUGUGCGUACCGACACCGCCGGGCCAAGCUGAGAGUCCAGCAGCAGCAGAGACAGAGAGAGAUCAGCCUGCUGGCCUACCACGGAGCCAACUCAUACCCCUCGUCCAUGCUGGACCUCAGUUUCCUGGCGUCUCUGAAGCUGCCGUCCUAUGAGGAGGUGGCAGCUCAACCCUCCACCCCUCCUCCUCCCUACAGCUCUGUGUUCACCUCCCCACGUUACCCACAGCCCCCCCGCGCCGCUGACCCCCACCUGCUCACGCAGCACGACCCGCUGCUGCACCGGCCAAUCAGCACGGGCCCCUCAUCGCUCAGCUCCGACAACAGCUCCAGUUGUUCCUGUGACUCCUGCUGCCCCUCCUCUCCGUGUAGCUCCUCCCUUUCGGCACCCGUCACGUAUGAGACCGACACGAGCCACGCCACCACGCCUGGCGAGGCCACGCCCCUCACUUUCGAUGUCACUUUGGAAACCAUCUCCGCCGCUGCAACGUGUUUGGAGGUAAAUGAAACACGAUGUGUUUCUGAGAGGAUGGUUGGCGCAGUGACAGUUGACAUCGUUGAUGAAGAUGCUAAUGGAGCACAGGAACCCGAUUCCACUGAUUCAUCGGUUCCCAACCAGGCUGUUACCAUGGCGGUUGUUACCAGGGCGGCCUCGCCUCAGCCUCUGCCCUCUCCCGGGACAGAGGUGGCUCCUUCUGUUCUAACUACAUCUCCCAUGAAGCAACAGCUCGACCUAGCACCGUGUACCCCACUUGUCAGCCCAAUUACACUCCCUAAUCCAAGUGUUGUUGACACAACACUUCCCUCCAUCCAGAUAAUAAGCAUUGAGGGUCCAGCUGAGGGCCCCGAAACUACCCCUUCCCCAAAAAUCACCUCAAUGUCAGGCCCUCCUACCCCAACAGCUUGCACUUCUGACAGCCCUACACAAACCCAAACCCUUGAUCUAACAAGAACUUUUGAUACCGCUACCCUUUCUAGUAGCCCAACCUCAAUACUGUCCCCAGAUGAUAGAAGAACUUUGACCCUGAUAACAAGCUCUGCUAGUCUCCCAACCUCAGACCCAAAUCCUAGCCUUGUGCCGAUCCCGGCACCUUCAAACCUUGCCCAAGGUCCUGCCCCAGUACCUUCAAACAUUACCCAGGUUUCUUCCCCAGUACCUUCAAACAUUAUCCAAGGUCCUGCCCCAGUACUUUCCAACAUUACCCAAGAUCCAGAUCCAAUACUUACAAACCUUACCCAAGCUCCUGCUCCAGUACCUUCAAGUCGUAUACAAGUACCAGAACAACUACCUUCAAACAUCACCCAAGUUCCAGACCCAGUUCUUUCAAACAUUUACCAAGUCACCGAGCCAAUUCUAACCCCCCUUACCCAAACUCUAGACCAAGUACCUACAAACCUUACCCUCGUGCCAAACCUACGCCCUAAAAUAGUCCUAGAUGGUGAAACUAAUACCAUUGUAACACCUGCACAUUCAAACCUUAUCCUUGCUACAGAUGCCCCUACCUUAGCCCAUUGCCUGGUCCCUCCCAGCCCAACAUCAAGCUUGCCCCAACACCCAGGGUCUGUUGCCGUUCUGGUAUCUUGUCUCGAUCCAGCUGCAGUACCAGCUGAUUCAGGUCCUUCUCUGGUCCUGUCUCAAUUGUCAGAGUCAGUUGGCGCUAGAUCAGGUCCACUGUCUACCCCUGCCCCAGUGCUGACUUUCCCAACACAGGCAUCCUCCUCUUCCCCUUCCUCCUGCCCAGCCAUAACCAUAGACUCUGAAUCUUCGUAUACUUCCUCUACGGCCUUUUCCCCAUCCUUGAACCCAUCCUUGACCCCAUCCCUUCCUUCUCCUUCUUCGCUCCCCACCUUCCCAGCCCUGUCUUCUACUACUUCCCUCCCGGCCCCAGCUUUACUCCUUGACCCCCUCAGUGCUCUGCACCAGUCCAACAAAGGUGGAUCCUCCUCUGGCCAUGCCUCCUCCCUCUCCCCCUCGCCUCGUGCCACUCAGUCCCCUCCGAAACAAACUCUCUUUUCCCCCUGCGUGGACAUCUUUGAACCGGGACCUCCGAGCUGGGAGGAAGGAGAGAAGGAACAGGAGAAGGAGGAGGACAAUGAUGAUGAUGAAGAUGAGGACAUGGGAGCAGAUGAGAGCCAGUAUAGACACCGGCGGCUUACCGGUGACUCUGGCAUCGAGGUGUGCAGGUGUCGGGUGACCACAGGGGAAGGACUUAUACUGUGUAACUCCACGCCAACGCCAACGUCCGAGGACAGUUGCAAAAUCGUCAUCGUCAUGGAAACCGUGUGA